UCCUCCUCCUCCUCCCCCGCUGGUCUGUGACGUCUAAACGUCCCAAAAGGUACUAUUCGAGUAAUCUGGUACUCCCCCACCCACCCAGCAUUGGGAAGAAGGUGGCAACUCGACUCGGAUAUGUGCACAAUCAAAACUCCAACAAGAAAAUGGAGACGACCGACCACUGGGCCAACGAUGGCGGGCAAAGAGACGUCGACGAUGACGACGGAAACAACCGGUGCCACCACUACUUGGGAAAGGAAGAACAAGAAGAAGAAGAUGAUGAUGAUGAUGAUCGCCAUGAUUAUGGCAGCCAAGAUGAAUUCACAGUCAGUCGGGACCAUGUUCUGGGAAUGAAUGCAUCCCAUUCAUUUUUGUUGUGUUGAGUGAGUAAGUGAGUGAGUGAGUGAGUGAUCAUCCGUAGUUGAUUGUCCAUAGCCCUCGACGAGGAUUGAGUCCCAGAGUGGGUGGGCGGAAAUUGGACCGGGUCAAGACCGUCAAUCAUGGGAACACAGUUCUCGAAGGUGACUAUCCGAACCCAUGAAAAUGGGGCUGGCGGCUCGGGGGGCAACAAGAACUUCUCGAGUCUGCAGGACAUUCCUCAGUAUAUGAACCGCCCUCGAAGACAUGUGUAUCACAGUGGGGUGUGGAGUGGCCACGAGAUGAUGUCCUAUGUGUUUCUCGAGGGACAGCAUUGUGAACCUCGGCGGAGCUUACGCCGCAAACGUCGCUCCAAGUCGUUGGUCAGUUCAGUGAGUGAUUUUCGAUCCACCCUGAGAUCGCACGGCUCCAAACGGCACUAUCCCCGACUGACCAAGAUCCCGGGAUCGAACUCGAAUUACUCGGAGAGCUCGUCGGUCAACGAGUUCGAAAUCGAUUCGGGCAUUUCUGUGAAUCUACAUUACGAGCCCACCACUCUGCCCUUGUAUGCGUCUAAUCAAAAAAUCCUCGAAGAACGACGAGAUCUGGUCGACCAUCCUCGUCACAUCAAACGGGAUCUUUCCCAGCAUUUUGAAGAGAAACAGCAUCUUGAGAGCUCAUUGGCUUUGGCUUCAGGAGGUGUAACGUCAGUAGCAGACUCAGUCACAUCGCUGACGACGGAUUCGACAGAAAUAACAACCACGACAACAACAACAACGAAUACAACAACAACAACGGCCACCGUCAUUCAACCACCGAAACCACCGCGAUCCCGAUCCCCAGUCCCCGAAGUGGAGCCAAAAAGUAUCAGCCAGUUGCUCAAGGCCUUCUACCGAGAAUAUUAUUCCGAAUGGUUCGAACCUGGUUCUGCCGUCGGUCGAAACCGAUAUCGCUCGUCCCGAAGGAAAAAGCUCCAUCAGAAAUUGGUCUUGUCACAAAUGAAUACACAGGUGGCUACCAAACUGGAUAUGGACGAUCGAGCCAAAAUGCUCCAAUUCUUUCGACGACCCAGAGAUCGCAACCAAAUCGAGUCCAUCAAGAUCGAAGACAUGUUCCACUCCUGUUGGGCCAUUCCCAAAGAGUUGCCCAGUCUUUCCACGGUGAUCACGGUUCAAGCUCCGGCCGGGAUCGGCAAGAGCUCCAUGCUCAAAUACAUGUGCAUGAAAUGGGGGUGUGAUGAGCUCUGGAAGGCAUACUUCGACUACCUCGUGUUCGUGGAAUGCCGGACUUUGAAUCGCCACGGGGACAUGCCCGCCUCGGGAUUCAUUCUCCUAGCUUUGGACCAUUUCAAAGAGCACUCCAGCACGAGUGGCUCGGCCAUUCUGGAAGAUGUCACCACCAAAGCCGGAGCCGGUCGCGUUCUCUUCCUCCUCGAUGGCCUAGAUGAAGUCCAUGGGGUGGGUCAAUUGGACAGUCUGAAACCAAGGGCGCUCCAACAGAAGACGGCCAAGUAUUGGGAGAGUCAAGAUGCGUCGGUGACUCCCUUGGAGUUUUGCCAAGGGAUUCUCACUGGUCAAAUCUUGACGGGCUGUCACAUCAUUGUCACCUCGCGACCCCACACGCUCAGUCACUUGCACGCCAGUAAAUGGUUUCUCUCUUUGCCCAAAAGGAUCGUGUCCUUGGAUAUUCAAGGUCUCAGCGAGGAAGGAAUUCGAUCAUUCAUUCACAGUUUCAUGGACUCGCGCCAACCCAUGAUUAGCAAUGGCGAUCCCUCCCAUCACGAUCCUCUGUCAGAACGCGAGGGGAUGUGUCGCGAGGAUUGUGCUUGCCACGCCCUCCAGCAUCGAGCGCGUUGUGAUCCUUACAUCUUUUCCCUGGCCACCAAUCCAUUCUAUUUGUGGUUGAUCUGUACCAUCUUCUCCGAGGCUGGCGAGGAGUUCAUACCAAAGACUUUAACUCAAUUAUACACAUGGGUCAUGAUUGUAUUUGCUCAAAGGUGGCAAAACACGAGUUUCCAGAUCUCGACGAAUCUGGAGAAUUCCACAGUGACUUUUCUCCGUUCGUUUGCCCAGCUCUGCUACCACUUAGUUCGUUCGGGCAACAUUCGAAUGAGUGCCGAGAUGGACCAGGAGAGCAAUCUGCUCGUUUUCCCCGAGUUCAACGGUGUUUCCAUUGAUCGGGAAAAGGCUGAAAGCUUCGGCCUCAUGAUCCUAAUCGAAGACGGGGAUCAGCUCGAAUGCGAGUUCCGUCAUCUCUCUUUGGCCGAGUAUUUGUCGGCUUUGCACAUAUAUUGCACCGAGGAACAGACUUUGAGAGGGUUUCCCAGAGACCGAAAAGAGCUCAUUUUGCAAUACCUCUCGGGACUGUCAUCCCAAUCUCCGACCAUAGAUCAAAAGAUUGUGCGUGAUUUCUUGCAAGAGAUUGAGGGCAAAAGUGGCUCGCAUGUGUCCAGCGUUUCUUAUUUGAAGAACAUUCAGAAGAUGCAGGGCGAGUGGUACAAUCAACAAGGUCUUCAAAAGCAAAUGCUGUUCAUGCGGUGUGUCUUCGAGGCUCGUAUUCAGAACCUGACCCUUUAUCCCUUCCCUGGCCUCAAGGUGAUCAAUAUUCGGGGCAGCGCCCUUCUUUCCCUCGACCUCAUCAUCAUUGGGAACUUUGUCUCCUCAUUAGCCGAUCAACAUCGCUUACUCGAGCUCUCUCUGCGCGACUACCCAUUGGACGCCACCGGUCUCGAGGGCCUCAUGCAGUGCCUCACUCAGAUUCGAACCGUCACUCUGUGCGCCAAAAAGCUCGUCUCCCCGGCCAAUUACAUCCUAAUGGCCGACGCUCUGGAGAGGAACCCUCGAAGUCGGUUGCGCGAACUUCGGUUGAUCGAUGUUCCGCCCGCCAAUUGCGACGAGGACGAACCCGAUGAGCUGGGCAGUGCCUUGAACCACCUCAAAAGUAUUGGAUCCAUUUAUAAUGUUAGAGUGUCCAUCUAAUCUUGGAACACGUGUCGAAAAUUGAGCAUCAAAUUGAUAUCAUAUAAAUACAUACGAUAUUUUAAACAUCUGA